AGAGCAACAAGUAGUACAACUUGGCUGGCAUUGAAACUACGUUGGAUGUUAGUAUAAUUUUAAGCGUUCGUACUGAAAACGAUGCAAGAACUAAAAUAAAGGAUCUUCCGUUUUUAAAUUCUUUAUGCGCUUCCUUCUCCAAUCUCCACCAUGGGUAUGGAUCUCUUCUAAUCUAUGCAUGCCGUUUGGUAGUUCUGAGAUAGAAUUUUGAAUUGAGAACUUCCUUUCGUCCUCAGUCUGAAUUCUCCAGAUCCGAGUUGUAAUCUAGAAGGGGUUUUAAGGUCUGGAGUUUUAGAGAUCCUUAGAUGGGGAGCUCAGAGGAGAGGGUGGUGGCUGUGAUUAUGGUGGGCGGGCCGACUAAAGGUACUCGCUUUAGACCUUUGUCUUUGAAUAUUCCAAAGCCUCUCUUCCCUUUGGCAGGACAGCCAAUGGUACACCAUCCGAUUUCGGCCUGCAAAAAGAUCCCGAACUUGGCGCAAAUAUAUCUCAUUGGCUUCUACGAAGAGCGGGAAUUUGCCUUGUAUGUCUCCUCAAUCUCUAACGAGCUCAAAGUCCCAGUCAGAUACUUGAAAGAAGAUAAACCACAUGGUUCUGCUGGUGGGCUUUACAACUUCAGAGAUCUGAUUAUGGAAGACAACCCGUCACAUAUCUUCUUGUUAAAUUGUGAUGUUUGCUGCAGCUUUCCUCUGCCAGAGAUGCUUGAGGCCCAUAGAAGAUAUGGUGGUAUGGGGACAAUUUUAGUAAUCAAGGUUUCUGCUGAAUCUGCCAACCAGUUUGGCGAGUUGGUAGCUGAUCCUGUCACCAAUGAACUGCUGCAUUACACGGAGAAACCUGAGACUUUUGUGAGUGAUCUAAUAAACUGUGGCGUAUACAUAUUUACACCAGAUAUUUUCACUACCAUUCAGGAUGUUUCCAUACAACGAAAAGACAGAGCUAAUCUACGACGUGUGUCCAGCUUUGAAGCCCUCCAGUCAGCAACAAAGACCCUUCCUUCAGAUUUUGUGAGACUGGAUCAGGAUAUUUUGUCCCCUCUUGCUGGCAAGAAGCAGCUAUAUACAUACGAGACCCUGGAUUUUUGGGAGCAGAUUAAGACUCCUGGAAUGUCUUUGAAAUGUUCUGCUUUAUAUCUUGCCCUAUUUCGAUUCACCUCUCCUCAUCUUCUGGCAAGUGGGAAUGGCACCAAGAGUGCUACCAUCAUGGGUGAUGUUUAUAUUCACCCAUCAGCAAAAGUACAUCCAACUGCAAAGAUUGGCCCAAAUGUCUCCAUUUCUGCAAAUGCUCGAAUUGGUGCUGGGGCAAGGCUCAUCAGUUGCAUCAUCCUUGAUGAUGUUGAGAUAAAGGAGAAUGCAGUCGUCAUCCAUUCAAUUGUAGGGUGGAAAUCAUGUAUUGGUAAAUGGUCCCGUGUGCAGGCUGAAGGAGACUAUAAUGCUAAACUUGGAAUUACCAUCCUAGGUGAAGCUGUGACUGUUGAAGAUGAAGUAGUAGUAAUCAACAGCAUUGUCCUCCCACAUAAGACACUCAAUGUCAGUGUGCAGGAGGAGAUCAUUCUAUAAU